AUGCCGAAAGUUCCUACGGUCCCUGCCCGAGCUCCUGCCGCUGGUGCUCGUGGCCCUGCGGUUCGAAGCCUUAGCACCCCUUCGCAUCCCUCUGGUCGUGUUGCGCAUUCGGCCGUUGUAGAACCGAAAGUUUCACCUGUCAAGGUUGGCGGAGCCCGAGGCCCGGCGGUGGCGGCAUCUGUGUCGAAGAGUGAGAGUCUGAAGCCGACUGUGAUGAACGGCGCUCGAGGUCCCGCCGUGAACACCUACAAGCACGCCCGAUCCGGUCGUGUUGCUCACGUGGCUUCAGUCAGUCCUAAACUCCGCGGCUCUCAAGACAACGACGAUAGCGGUGUUGUGAACAAAAUAAUCAGCUUCUUCGGUUUGGGUUCGACCAGUGACUCGACCACAAACACUCCGGCGCCUACCCCGAAGCAGCCUGUACUCAUCAAGCUGGACGAGUACGCCCCCACGGAGGCCCCCUCAUUCUUCAGCCGUCUGUGGUCAUGGAACAAGACGGAGCUCCCUAAAACAAGAGCCCACAUGGAUGGAGUCUCAAAGCCCGACUGGUCUAUUUAA